AAUGUCAGGUGGGAGUACUGCAACCUGACACAAUGCUCAGACGCAGAAGGGACUGCCAUGGCAUCCCCGAAUGUCACCCCGGUUCCAAGCCUAGAGGCUCAUUCCGAGCAAGUACCGACUGAACAAAGGCCUGGGGUGCAGGAGUGCUACCACGGUAAUGGACAGAGUUAUCGAGGCACAUACUUCACCACUGUCACGGGAAGAACCUGCCAAGCUUGGUUAUCUAUGACACCGCACUCUCAUAGUCGGACCCCAGAAAACUACCCAAAUGCUGGCUUGGUCAAGAACUACUGCCGAAAUCCAGAUCCUGUGGCAGCCCCUUGGUGUUAUACAACGGAUCCCAGUGUCAGGUGGGAGUACUGCAACCUGACACAAUGCUCAGAUGCAGAAGGGACUGCUGUCGUGCCUCCAAAUAUUAUUCCGGUUCCAAGCCUAGAGGCUUUUUUUGAACAAGAACUGACUGAGGAAACCCCCGGGGCACAGGAGUGCUACUACCGUUAUGGACAGAGUUACCGAGGCACAUACUCCACCACUGUUACAGGAAGAACUUGCCAAGCUUGGUCAUCUAUGACACCACACCAGCAUAGUCGGACCCCAAAAAACUAUCCAAAUGCUGGCCUGACUAGGAACUACUGCAGGAAUCCAGAUGCCGAGAUUCGCCCUUGGUGUUACACCAUGGAUCCCAGUGUCAGGUGGGAGUACUGCAACCUGACACAAUGCCCGGUGACAGAAUCAAGCGUCCUUGCAACUCUCACAGUGGUCCCAGAUCCAAGCACAGAGGCUUCUUCUGAAGAAGCACCAACAGAGCAAAGUCCCGAGGUCCAGGACUGCUACCAUGGUGAUGGACAGAGUUAUCGAGGCUCAUUCUCCACCACUGUCACAGGAAGGACAUGUCAGUCUUGGUCCUCUAUGACACCACACUGGCAUCAGAGGACAACAGAAUAUUAUCCAAAUGGUGGCCUCACCAGGAACUACUGCAGGAAUCCAGAUGCUGAGAUUCGCCCUUGGUGUUAUACCAUGGAUCCCAGUGUCAGAUGGGAGUACUGCAACCUGACACAAUGUCCAGUGACAGAAUCAAGUGUCCUCGCAACGUCCAUGGCUGUUUCUGAACAAGCACCAAUGCAGCAAAGUCCCGGGGUCCAGGACUGCUACCAUGGUGAUGGACAGAGUUAUCGAGGUUCAUUCUCUACCACUGUCACAGGAAGGACAUGUCAGUCUUGGUCCUCUAUGACACCACACUGGCAUCAGAGGACCACAGAAUACUACCCAAAGGGUGGCCUGACCAAGAACUACUGUAGGAAUCCAGAUGCUGAGAUUCGCCCUUGGUGUUAUACCAUGGAUCCCAGUGUCAGAUGGGAGUACUGCAGUCUGACAAAAUGUCUGGUGAUGGAAUCAAGUGUCCUCGCAACUCCCACAGUGGUCCCAGUUCCAAGCACAGAGGUUCCUUCUGAAGAAGCACCAACUGAAAACAGCCCUGGGGUCCAGGACUGCUACCAAGGUGAUGGACGGAGUUAUCGAGGCACAUUCUCCACCACUAUCACAGGAAGAACAUGUCAGUCUUGGUUGUCUAUGACACCACAUUGGCAUUGGAGGAUCCCAUUAUGCUAUCCAAAUGCUGGCCUGACCAGGAACUACUGCAGAAAUCCAGAUGCUGAGAUUCGCCCUUGGUGUUACACCAUGGAUCCCAGUGUCAGGUGGGAGUACUGCAACUUGACACAAUGUCCAGUGACAGAAUCAAGUGUCCUCACAACUCCCACGGUGGUCCUGGUUCCAAGCACGGAGGCUCCUUCUGAACAAGCACCACCUGAGAAAAGCCCUGUGGUCCAGGAUUGCUACCAUGGUGAUGGACAGAGUUAUCGAGGCACAUCCUCCACCACUGUCACAGGAAGGAACUGUCAAUCUUGGUCAUCUAUGAUACCACACUGGCAUCAGAGGACCCCAGAAAACUACCCAAAUGCUGGCCUGACCAGUAACUACUGUAGGAAUCCAGAUUCUGGGAAACAACCCUGGUGUUACACAACUGAUCCAUGUGUGAGGUGGGAGUACUGCAACCUGACACAAUGCUCAGAAACAGAAUCAGGUGUCCUAGAGACUCCCACUGUUGUUCCAGUUCCAAGCAUGGAAGCUCAUUCUGAAGCAGCACCAACUGAGCAAACCCCUGUGGUCCAGCAGUGCUACCAUGGUAAUGGACAGAGUUAUCGAGGCACAUUCUCGACCACUGUCACUGGAAGGACAUGUCAAUCUUGGUCAUCCAUGACACCACACCAGCAUAAGAGGACCCCGGAAAACCACCCAAAUGAUGGCUUGACAAUGAACUACUGCAGGAAUCCAGAUGCUGACACAGGCCCUUGGUGUUUUACCAUGGACCCCAGCGUCAGGUGGGAGUACUGCAACCUGACGCGAUGCUCAGACACAGAAGGGACUGUGCUCACGCCUCCGACUGUUAUCCCGGUUCCAAGCCUAGAGGCUCCUUCCGAACAAGCAUCCUCUUCAUUUGAUUGUGGGAAGCCUCAAGUGGAGCCGAAGAAAUGUCCUGGAAGCAUUGUAGGGGGGUGUGUGGCCCACCCACAUUCUUGGCCCUGGCAAGUCAGUCUUAGAACAAGGUUUGGAAAGCACUUCUGUGGAGGCACCUUAAUAUCCCCAGAGUGGGUGCUGACUGCUGCUCGCUGCUUGGAGAUGUUCUCAAGGCCUUCAUUCUACAAGGUCACCCUGGGUGCACACCAAGAAGUGAAUCUCGAAUCUCAUGUUCAGGAAAUAGAAGUGUCUGUGUUGUUCUUGGAGCCCACAGGAGCAGAUAUUGCCUUGCUAAAGCUAAGCAGGCCUGCCAUCAUCACUGACAAAGUAAUCCCAGCCUGUCUGCCAUCUCCAAAUUACGUGGUCACCGCCUGGACUGAAUGUUACAUCACUGGCUGGGGAGAAACCCAAGGUACCUUUGGGGCUGGCCUUCUCAAGGAAGCCCAGCUUCAUGUGAUUGAGAAUACAGUGUGCAAUCGCUAUGAGUUUCUGAAUGGAAGAGUCAAAUCCACCGAGCUCUGUGCUGGGCAUUUGACCGGAGGCACUGACAGUUGCCAGGAAAAUAUACAUGUGGAUAACAGACGAAUGCCAUAGUAAAAGGCUGGCAGGCUAACCCUCACCUGAAUUUUUC